GGCGGAGGAAGCCGCCGCUCCCCGCGCUCCGCCGAGGCAGGAGCAUCCCGGUUCCCGGGGAGCCCCGCGGCAGCCACCAACCCCCCUCCCAAAAGCCCGAGCCUACAGCACCCCGGGGCGGCCACAGCAGAGGCAGGGCAGGACCCCAGUGUCUGCCCCAGGACCAUGAUCCCCCCUAAGGAGAAGACCAGGGCCCCCAAGGACAGCAUGACACUCCUGCCCUGCUUCUACUUCGUGGAGCUGCCCAUUGUGGCCUCCUCUAUCGUGACGCUCUACUUCCUGGAGCUGACUGACCUCUUCAAGCCCGCCAAGGUGGGCUUCCAGUGCCACGACCGGGCCCUCUCCAUGCCCUACGUGGAGACCAACGAGGAGCUCAUCCCGCUGCUGAUGCUGCUCAGCUUGGCCUUCGCCGCGCCUGCUGCCUCGAUCAUGGUCGGGGAGGGCAUCGUCUACUGCCUGCAGUCGCGGCUGAAGGGGCGCGCCGGGGCCGAGGGCAGCAUCAACGCCGGCGGCUGCAACUUCAACUCCUUCCUGCGCCGCACCGUAAGGUUUGUGGGUGUCCACGUGUUCGGGCUCUGUGCCACAGCCCUGGUGACAGACAUUAUCCAGCUGGCCACCGGCUACCACGCGCCCUUCUUCCUGACCGUCUGCAAGCCCAACUACACCCUGCUGGGCACCCCCUGCGAUGCCAACCCCUACAUCACCCAGGACAUCUGCUCGGGCACGGACAAGCAUGCCAUCCUCUCUGCCCGGAAGACUUUCCCGUCCCAGCAUGCGACGCUCUCAGCUUUCGCUGCCGUCUACGUAUCGAUGUACUUCAAUUCCAUCAUCUCGGACAGCACCAAACUCCUUAAGCCCAUCCUGGUCUUCGCCUUUGCCAUUGCUGCUGGCAUCUGUGGUCUGACCCAGAUCACGCAGUACCGCAGCCACCCCACCGACGUCUACGUGGGCUUCCUGAUCGGCUCUGGCAUCGCUGCUUACCUGGCUUACCACGCCGUGGGCAACUUCCGUGCCCCAACGGAGAGGGUGCCAGCGCCGGUGCCUGCCAAGGAUGCGCUGCGGGCACUGACACAGCGGGGCCAUGACUCCGUCUACCACCAGAACAAGUCGGUGAGCACCGACGAGCUGAACCCGCAGACGCGGCUGGAGGAGGUGGCGCGGCCAGUGUCACGGGAGAAGAAUUCUCUGGGCAGCCUGAAGAGGGCCAGCGUGGACGUGGACCUGCUGGCCCCCCGUAGCCCCAUGGGCAAGGAGAACAUGGUGACCUUCAGCAACACCCUGCCCCGCGUCAACACCCCGUCCAUGGACGACCCCGCACGGCGACACAUGACCAUCCACGUCCCCGUGGACGCCUCCCGCUCCAAGCAGCUCAUCACCGAGUGGAAGCAGAAGUCGCUGGAGGGACGGAGCAUGACGCUGGCAGAGGAGGCAGCACCCGGCCAGGGCACCGGGGAUGCCAGCGAGGACGUCCCCCCCUCCCUCUACCCCACGGUGCAGGCGCGCUCGGCCGAGCGGGCAGCUAUGGGUCCCCGCGUCCUCAUCCAGCCCCGGCCGGGAGCCUCGCAGCUGGUGCACAUCCCCGAGGAGAGCCAGGCCGGUGCCAGCGGCCCCGCGGGCAGCGGGGCAGCCGUGCGGGCCAAGUGGGUGAUGGUGGCAGAGAAGGGGGGAGUACAGCGGGUGGCCAACCCCCCGCGCCUGAUGCAGGUCAUCGCCAUGUCCAAGCAGCAGGGCAUGGUCUCUGUCACCCCCAAGCACUCGGAGACCUCCUCGUCCUCAACCAGCUCCGACUCCUCGCAGUACCGCUCGCCCUCUGAGCGGGACAGCUCCAGCAUCAUCACCAUCGAUGCCCACGCACCCCACCACCCCGUGGUCCACCUCUCCGCCGGCAACGGGCCCUGGGAGUGGAAAUCGGGGCUGAAGGGGCCGGAGGGGUCGGAUGCCUACGAGCUGGGUGACAUGGGGAAGGAUUUCCGCGGCUUCCACCCAGCCAAGAGCGCCGGAGUCUCCCCGGGCUCCUCCAUCAGCGACAUGGAGCAGGACGAGCCGCGCUACGGCAGCCUGGCCGCCAUCCCGGGGGCAGCGGGAGGGGGCGCGGAACGGGGGGACGCCCCCGCUGAGGGGCUGCUGGGCGCGGCCAGCCGAGAGUCCACGCUGCGGAGGAAGCCUGCGGAGCGGGACGGGCAGGCGGACCCCGAGGUCGAUCACUACUACAAGAAGAUGCAAGCCAGCAGGAGGUUUAAAGACUGAGCCCCUGUGGCCUCCCUGCGCCCGACCCAGCUCGGCGUUUGUGGGGGAUCUGUAACCUCGAGGUCCCUCUCCGACGCGGGGGAGGGGGACACACAUGAGGACAGGGCUGCUGUUGGCAUCGUAGUGGCAGGAGGAUGUGGCAGAGCAUGGCCACACCAGUCCUGAGCCAGCUGAGACGUGUGCGGGAUCCCCUGGCAUGGGACCCUGCUCCUGCCCAGGAGGCUGGGGGGGAGGGGGUUAGGGAGACUCUGCCCCCCCCCUCCCCCCCCCCCAGCCCAUGCAGCUGGGCAGCUCCAAGCACUUUUGACUCUGUUUUUCUCUCUAACGCAGGUGCUGACACUUCUGAGAGGUUCAUUAAUUCCGGCUCUGGAAGUGAACAUCUGUCUGGG